AUGACGACAACUUCUGCAACGUCUACAGAUUCUACAGCUAGCUCUCAAACUGUUCUCAACUCGACGUUAGCUCCUCAACUCGAUUCCUUUCUAUUUCAGCUGAAACAGUUUCAGGUUAACCUCCCUCGCCACUUCUCCCAGUUCCGUCCUUCCCAACUCGACCUUCUCCUCUUCCACCUGGAUCACUUCCAGCCCCUCCCCGACUCCUCCGAUCCCGCUCGACACCACCACCACUACCAUGCAGCCAAUCCCAAAGCUCGAUUACACCGAAAACGACUCGACGAUCACUCUGAUUAUCUUCGUCAACCUCGCCGUCACGUGCUGCCUUCUGCUCUACGUCGCCUACAAUCGGGAGGUUUUCUGUUUUGCACGUCCGACCCGGAAGGCGAGAAAGGCGAAGCGAGGACCGCCGGCGCAGGAAGAAGACGAAGAAGAUGAGGAUGGACCAGAUGUUUGA